AAAAUCGACUGUAAAAAACCGAUUACAAUAAUGUAGUAGUUGGUCCCAUCACUAAUUUUUGUAAUAACUUUUCUUAUAUUUUUGUUUACGAUUUUGAAUACCAUGGUUUGAAGAUUCAGUGAAUUUUGUAAACAAGUUCUAAUUUUAUAAUUUUUAAUAAUGGCCAAAGCUCCUGCAACUUUAUCUCAAAGUACAAGAAUGCAACCACCGCCGGGUCUAAAAGCUCUUAUUGACUAUUGUCAAAGCGUUUAUCCAGACCAGCCAAAUCCCCUGCAAGUAACCACAGUAUUGAAAUAUUGGCUUGGUGGACAGGAUCCUUUGGACUACAUUAGCAUGUAUGACAAUAAAGGAGAUCCAGAAAAUGGCAUUCCUCCUCAUUGGCAUUAUAUAAGUUUCGGUUUAAGUGAUCUUCAUGGAGAUGGUCGAGUGCACACUAGGGAAAUAAAUGAUGAACGUUCAGGAAUGGGUUUUGAAUUAACAUUCCGUCUGAUUCAAUCAGAAUCAGGUGAGAAAAGUUUGGGAAAGUCCAAACAACCUCCAACAUGGCCGGCAAACUUAUUACAGGCAAUAGCCCGUUAUUGCUUUCAGACAGGUAAUAUGUUGUACUUCGGAGAUAAUAUACCAUGGCGCAAAAGUUUAAACGGCAGUGAUACUUCCUGUAUAAAAAACAUUCUUAUAACCCAAGAUGUCCAAUUAAGUAGUAUUCAUACGGUAUUUGGAACAGUCGAAUUUUGUCAGAUAGUUGGUGUUACGGAUGAAGAACUUGAACAAGCAUCUCGUUGGAAUGGCCGUGGUGUUCUGAAUUAUUUGCAACAAGACAUACAGACAGGUGGCAAAUGGUGGAUUACAAACAUGAAUCGUUCGCUAAGUGUAUUUGAGCUUUGUCCCGAAUUGCUAUUAAAUUUGCAAGAUGACUUGGAAAAACAAGGAUCUGAUUUAGCUGGAGUUAAUGCUGAAUUUACUUUUCGGGAAAUUCGGGAAAGACCUUGUAUAAAAAAAGAAAUAAACUCAGAAAGUUUAAAUGAACAAUGCGUAUCUGAUGAAAAUAAUUGCGUGGUAAGAAAUGAAGUAAAGUGUGAGGGUUUCCCACAAUCAAUGUCAAUGAGUAGUAGUUCAUUGCAUAAAUCGUGUCCUCUUAGAUAUCAGCCAUAUUCGGCUGACUCAAUAUCAUUAGAUGGAAUUGAAAUCACUUUGGCUCCUUAUGCAGCAAAAUAUCUUAUAUUAGCCAUAAAAGAUCGGGUUCGACAUGGACGACAUUUUACAUUUAAAGCAGAACAUUUAGCUCUAACGCUGGUGUCAGAAACCGUCUCCGGAGCAAUAGUAAAAAAAUCAUCCCCAUAUGGCAUAAUAGGGUAUUGGAUACAAGUGCUUAUCCCUAAUGAGUUAGUUCCUCGAAUGUUAGAGGAUUUCCAUAAUUUGCAAUUAGAUAGUAAUACGGAAUACAAAGAACGUCAGGAAUUAUAUUGGCCUGAAUACAAAUUAAAGUUAAUCAUUGAUAAUCCUCAUAAAUUGGAUCCUAUUUGUCUAUAAAAAUUAUAAAAAAAAUUAAAUUCGCAUGCUAGCUCGAAAUAGAGAAUUUCAUUAUUUCAAUAAUAUAUAGUAAUGUUUUGAACAGUUAUGGAAUUGAUUGUAAACAUCCUAUUUUAUUUUAACAAAUAUAAUAUCAGUAUACUUCAGUGAAGAAAGUAUAUGAGCAUAUGAACUUUUAAGAAAAAAAGUGUUUUCAACAAAACAAAGCAAUUCAAGUUUAUAUUUUUUAAUAGUACUUAUAACUGAAACAAACACAUUAUUAACAAAAUUUAUUAUCUAAGUUUUUAUAAAUUAAUUGUUUAACCUCCCUAGGAGAUAAGUACAUGUAAAUUUAAAGGUUAUAAAUUCAAUACUAAUAAUUAUGUUCAUAUACCAAUAGUUUAUAUUAUUUCAGCACGUAAUAAAACUUUUUAAAAUUAUUAAACUUUAUUUAAGCGAUUUGGCACGAUUUGGUCCGCUGGAGCUUAAAGAAAAAUAUAACCACUAUACCCAAAACUCAUAUUUUAAAUAUCUAUGUACAUAUAUAAAUAAAAAUGAAUCGCCAAAAUGUAUGUACGCUCAUAACUUUCAUACGACUGAACCAAA